UGGUAAGUGUUUCCCACCUAGUCUUGUAAUAUAUAUUAGGAAUUUAAUAUGUUACAUUGAGACGUUUACAUUCUGUAAGUGGUCUUUUUAACGCUGAAUGCAUUAAGAUCAACCAUCUAACCUCUUUAUUUAUUGAGCUAUGGAAAUUAGUAAGUCGAAUUUUCGUUCAUUAUUUUUAGGCAAUUAGCACGGAAUCCAUGAGUACUGUAGGUGAAGAUCCAUCAGAAAUCCAAUUACCGGAAAUUGUUGAUGAAUUGGAUUAUCAAUACAGAACUGCAAACUGGCUUAUUAAAACCAGAGAGCCAUUUUGCCUUGGAGAUGAUGUGAGAGGACAACUUAUGUCUCUCUUACGCAAACAAAGUGAAUUUUCACGGACGUUGUUUAAAGAUAAAGGUGUUUUUAAAGUUCCGUUUAAUGAAUCUAUGCUAUUUAAAGAAGACGGAUACGGAGAGUAUGCUUUGGAUUGGUUUCCUCCAAGUGAUCAAUCAAUAAUCCCAACCAAUAUUGUUGUCUAUGUUCAUGGAGGGUAUUGGCAGUUGGUUGGUUGGGAAGAAUCCAGUAGUUGGGCAGUUCCUGUUACAAAUGCUGACAGUAUAUUCGUCUCUUUGUCUUACAGGUUAGCUCCAAAAGAAAAGUUAGAGGCGAUGCCACAAAGCCUAUGUCUCGGAAUGCAGAAAGUUAUAACUCUUACGCAUAAAAUGUUUGGUAACUUGGAUUAUACGAAGCUCCGCAUAACCCUAGUUGGACAUUCUGCCGGUGCACACUUAGUUCUGGAAAUGUUAUAUUGGGCUCAUAUGGAACUCAAAUCAAAUAAUAAUUGGCUAUGCUGUUUGCAAAACCUUGUUUUAAUGUCAGGAGUUUAUGACCUACGUCCAAUUAUCCACACUUACGUAAAUAAAGCAAUAAAGUUCAAAACGGUUGAGGAGGCUUUGUCUGUCAGUCCAAUCCGACACUUCAUUCAAGACGGUCCAAAUCUACUGCUCAGUAAAUCACUUCAUUGGAUUGUUGCUUGGGCAGAGUACGAAUCACCAGCUAUGAAGGAACAAUCUAAAUCCCUAGUGGACUUGUUGAGUAAUGCAUCAAGAAGUGGACAGGGUUCAUAUUUGCAAUUUACCUAUGAAACGUUUUACAUGUCAAAUGAAGAUCAUUUUACUUCACUUCUCGGUCUGCAUGAUGGUCCAACUCACAGUGCCAUCCUCAAAAAAAUCAUAGAUCUGAUCAAAGUCAAGCCCAUUUAG